CGUCUCUGUAUUGGCGCAUCACCAUUUUCGCAUUGUCAAAACAACAACAGGCUAAGAGGAAGCUGGACGCCCAUUAAGUACCAGUGAACUCACAGGUAUUCUCCUCUAUGGCAUCAUCCCAGCUCUCGAAGCGUGAGCUGGUGAGGGAGAUUUCCCGGGAGCGGGGGCAUCUUGGAGAAGACAAACUGUCCAAGAUUGGCGAAAUCGACCCCGAGCUUAGGCGAACAGUUGAGGAAGCGUUACUCCGCAAAGAUGAGAUGAUCGGCUCUGGUGUUUUGACAUUGGCUAGAAACCUGUACACCAGCAACGCGAGAUUUAUCUUCGAGUUGCUUCAGAACGCAGAUGACAACGAUUACAGUACGAUUAUUGCUAAAGGUCAAGACCCGUUCGUCUCAUUCGACAUCCGAUCCGAUAAGCUGUGCAUUGAGUGCAACGAAAAUGGCUUCACGCCUGAGAACCUUCGAGCGAUCUGUGAUAUCGGCAAGAGCUCCAAGAUUGCUGCGCAAGGCUACAUCGGCGAGAAAGGAAUUGGCUUCAAGUCAGUUUUCAUGGCUGCCUGGAAGGUGCAUAUCCAGUCCAAUGGAUUCUCUUUCUCAUUCACUCACCGAAAGGGCGACUCUGGUCUCGGAAUGGUGACGCCUAUUUGGGAAGAGACCGAGGAAACUUUGGGGGACUGUUUGACCCGGAUCACCCUCUUUCUUCACGACAGCGGUGACGCGGGUACAAAUGCAAGACAACUUGAGACGAUAAAACUCCAGUUCCGAGAUCUUCAAGACACCAUUUUGCUAUUCCUUAGGAAACUUCGCAAGGUACAAGUUUCGUUUCACAACGAGGAUGUCACCGACACAGACACAACAACGUAUUCGCUCCAUGGAAACGACCCCACAACUAUCCGUAAAACGACUUUAGCUGGGGAAACUUUCAAAAGGUAUCAUGUCACAAGGCAUAUCGCCCACAACGUGCCAAAAAGCGAGAACAGGACGUACUCCGAUGAAGUUUGGCGAACCGAUGCUGCACCCGAGAUUGUUCUUGCUUUCCCGUUGACGGAUGCAUAUGAGCCGAUCGUCCAGGAUCAAGAUGUCUUCGCAUUUCUACCCAUGCGACCCAUGGGGUUCAAGUUCCUCAUUCAUACAGAUUUCGUAACAGAAGCUAGUCGCCAAGGACUUGUCACGACUUCUCUUCGAAACCAAGCACUCCUAGACGGUAUUGCCGACUGCUUUAUCAAAGCUGUGGAGCAAUUUUGCCAACAUCCCACUCUCCAGUUCCAGUGGAUGAGAUGGCUUCCUCAGGCCAACUCAUAUCCGUGGGACGACUACUGGGGAGGUCUGCUUGAAAGAAUCCGUGGGCGAAUCAAGCCGAUGAAGAUCUUCCGCACUUGGGAGAAAGAAGCACUGGAAUCUCUCCAGCGGUUGCGAUGCCUGUUACCAACACACCUCGACCAGCAUGGAGAACCUCUGUUCCGAGACGCGAAAAAAGAAUACUACCUCUCCAAAAAGUAUGAGCCUGCGGAUGUGGCACAAUUGUAUCAAUAUGGGUUGGAAAAUUUGGACAGCAAGCAAAUUUUGCAUCUUGUCCUGCUCGAUCUACGAUCCAUUGGUGGCCCCUCUCGCAUGAGAAACGAUGCAACUGACGAAGAUUGGCAUUCGCGGGCAGCGCAGGUGUUGCUAGCUGUACGGGCUGCGUUCCCCAUAAGUUCCAAGGAGGUAUUGAAAACUGUGAAACUCAUCCCAUUGACUAACGGCAAUUGGGUUGCGCCAGGGAGUAGCCAUCAGAACUUCUACUCAACUUGCAGCGGCGGUGUUGCGAUACCCGAUGGCCUUGGUUACAACUUGGUGAGUGAAGCAGCAGCAAACAACCCGGAUCGGCGUAAGCUUCUCAAUGAACUCGGUUGUCGUUCAAUAUCCACCCAGGAGGUUCGUUCUACAAUUGUCAACAGAUGCGAUCACAUGGCGCGAAACCACGAGGCUUUGUCCGCUUCAAUUGGCUUUCUGAGGUAUCUCUAUCUGUCGGAAUCUUUGGUAGGAGAAUUCGAACGAGAUUUGCCCAAAAGGUUCGGUCUCUUUGACCAGAGGAUGCAAUUCAUGUCGCCAUAUUAUCGGGUUAUCUACCUCCCAUCAGCAGAUAAAUACGGUCCACUUGAGCUCCUGAAAGGAACCAGCAAGUCAGGGGAGGGCUUUAAAACAGCAUUCCUCCAUGAGAGAUAUUUGGAAGCUGAGCCACAGACACCUGAGGGGCUUGAUUUGUCUUGGGCGGAUUGGUUGGAGUCUCGAAUGUCUGUCCGCCGCAAACUUCCGCUUACCCAAGUCGACAAAGACGGUGAACUCGAUAUCUCUGCAGAGUUCCGGUACAUCGAAACACACCACCCAGAGAAGCUCCUUGGGGCUUUGCAGCAAUACUGGCCCCUCGAAGAAGAGAGUAUCACGAGCGAGAUAAUCUCAUUGUUUCGUGACUUGGAAGUCUCCUGCAAAGGAAACAACGACUAUGGGUUUGGUGAAUGUCUACAAGCCACAUAUUUGCCCUUGCCAGAGCUUGAGAGCAAGCAUGCUCGCUAUGCUGAAGGCGAUGAGUACAUGUUUGUGGAUCUCGGCGAACCCAUCACCAUGGGCUAUCGGCCCAAGUGGGCCUUUUUGGUCGAUCACCUUGGCGUAGGUCAUCAAGAUGAUCUCGAGUUCUACAUCACCAUCCUUCAAGACAUCUGGGGUUUCAAUACUACGGCUGCAGAUGUUGUCCGGAGUUCUAGAAUCCUGGAUCUUUACGAAACAAUACAUUCUCGCUGCCGAGAGUCUGAAAGUUUUGAAAAUGCCUCGGCAAAAGUUAGGGACGCAUUUGUCAAUGGAUGUCUUGUUUUUGCGCCAGGGACCAAGUCAAGAUCCGCAGCCUGGGCGUCACUGGAUAAGUGUCUAUGGCAUGCCGGUGAGAAUAUGCAGACCGCAUACCCGCUAGAACACUUGUACCGAACCCAAUUUGGACGCUCCCAAGCGGAUCUGGACAUUUUGAAGCAGUUUUUCGAAGUGACCCUCCAGAUUCAAGAUUGCACCUGGAAAACGUAUCUGAAUGAAAUCCGGUUCCUGAAGACAGGUGGAAGCGAAGACUUCGACUGGGUCAACAAGCUAUAUAGCUCCCUCGCGACCGCAUGUGGCGAGCUGUCAGCAACUGACGCGGAGAGUUUGAGAGGUAGUUUCGCAACUGAACCAUUGAUCUAUGCCAGUUUUGGCCAAAUCAGUGGCUGGUACACCAUUUCACAAUGCCUGUGGUCGAGUUCUACUCAGAUAAAGGGGAGAGUCGCACUUAAUGAUCUCUACCCCGACCUCGGAGAAUUCUUCCUGGACUUUCUGGGAGUCCAAGAGCUAACUAUUCAGAUGGCAUUUGAGGAGCUCAAGUAUAUGGGUUCUCAAGAGCCUGGCCCAUCAGUCUUCAAUGUCAAGGAAACCAUCUGGGCAUUCAAUUCACUUCUGGACUCGGAAGGGGGUUUCCCCGGUUCGCAUGAAAUGGUGCAUCGAAAGAUUCUUCCUGUUAGGUAUCCCAAUGGAUUCGUGAAGCUGCAAGCAAUGGUGGAAGAUUUCGCCAUCGCGAACCGCAAGGCGUUGAAAGAGAUAUUUGAAACGCGAGUCAAGUUACUGGAUUUCACGCUAGAUGAAGUUCGCAGGCUUGCGCCAUUUUUUGAGUGGAUUGGGGCCGAGUCGAGAUAUCUUUCCACCAUGGUGAGGGAGAUUUCGACAGUAGCAGACGACCAAAUGCAUCGCCUACAGUAUCCAGAUAGAGAUAUUGGUCCGAAGGCUCACUCCUUGUUUAGGAUCGCAGUUCAUUUCGACAGCCCCCGUAUUUCCGACAACGGUCUGGACUUGUACAAGGUCCUCCGCCGAACUGAAGUCUUCGAGACAAGUGGAAUAUCCUCCGAACUUCACCUUUCUCAAGAUGGUCAUGAUAUAGUUCAUUCCCAGGAGAAGAGUGAGUUACAUUUGCGAGAAAAUGCCGGCGAGUUGAAGGUGUAUGUUCCCCACGAUCCAAGCGCCCAAGGAUUCUGCUACUUCUCAACUCUCCCUCGACGCUUGUUGGAGUGGAUGAUGACAGAUCCAAGCACUCUUAUUACAAAGAAUGCAGGCUCUAGAGCAGCUCAUGUCGUUACAUCGGUGUUGAAUGCGCCGAUGGUCAAUGUGGAGCAGAUCUUAGAGGCUGAGGGAAUUGUUGACAGCGAAGUUCCGGAUGAUUCAGAAAUCGACAUCAAGGAUAGAAAUAACGAAGAUCUUCGGGCAAGAGACCUCCCAGUCAGGGAUCGAGGCUUUCAUAUUUCUACCAAGGCGACACCCAGCUUGGCGACAAACGCAUCAAGCGGAUCGACGUCUCAGACGCCGAACCAGCCUCUGUUCAUAUUAGGUCCUUCUCCCGACGCUCAGUCAAGCGCUUCCUCGCUCUUCCCAGAAGCCAAAAAUGGGGAGCCAGUUGAUGGCAAUGACCCCGAAUACUUGAGGCUAAUUGAAGAGGUAAUAUCUGCUUCAAGGAGGGUGAGAUUUCCUGCCAAGGAUACCGCAGAUAUUUCAGGCCUGUUUAGUGGCCUGUCUAUCGCUCCUGAGGACGUUGAGUCGUCUCGCAGAUUUAUGUCAAGAUCCAACCAAGAGCGAGAUCUUAAAGUUGGAGCUCUGGGUGAGCUUCUUGUUUUUGAGCUCCUCUCAGGACUCUCUCCACCCUUGCCAGGAUUUGGUAGAGAGAACUGGCAAAGCCAAAUCCGAAAAUUCGUCACAGUUCACGCGAAGUACUCAGACAUGCUACCUUGGAACGGGAGAGAAACCUCAGAUAUCGUGUAUCACGACAAGGACAGGAUUCUUACCGAGCUCCUGGUAGAAAAAGGACACCUUCAACGUGAAGAUUGGCUGAAGAAAACGCCUCGGUAUUUCAUCGAGGUUAAAUGCACCGUAGGGAAAGCCAGUACGCCAUUUUACAUCAGUAAAGCGCAAUACCGGAGGAUGCAAGACUACGUCAACGCGUCUGCCUCACCAUUGGGUUCCCCAACCAUAUACCUGAUUGCGCGGGUAUUCAAUAUAAACAAGUCGAAUGUUGACUUGCGAAUUUAUGUGAACCCAGAGAGGAUGCGACAGGACGAGGAUUUGGUUUUCACUUCCGAGACAUGGUCUGUUGUUCCAGGACGCGGGCGGUGAAUAUCAACUCGGGUAAAAUCUUGAUGUAUUUCUUUUUUCUUGUAGCCUUGUAUUAACUGAACUUGGGUUAAGCUUGCUUGUGUGGGAGUCCUACUGGGCGUAAUUACCGUAGCAAACUCGAUAAAUUGUAACGUGGGAGGAGGACUGCCCACUUUUAAAACUUGGCAAGCCCAAAAAUACGCCGGGAAAUCCUAGACAAAUUCCCAGAUAACGUCAAGGCCAAGGGGCCAUACCAAAUAUGGACUAGGUCGGUUCUCUCACUCACGCUAAGCAACGUCUCCCAAUCUUCCGAGUUUCUACUCCAUACGACAGCUACAAUGUAAAAACAGAGAGACAGACAGAGAGACAAAACGACAGUUGAACAAAAUAAAAGACCCCGAAUCCAGGAAUCGAACCUGAGACAGCUGCCCCCAGUGGGGCACAUGCCGCCCAAGAGCGGGCAUGUGUGUCAAUAGCCGUGUUACCA